AUGUCGAUUGAAUAUGUAAAAAGAUUAUUUCAUCAAAUUAAACUAAGCCAUUAUCAUAAUAAUAAAUCAGAUAGAUUAUUUUAUUUUCUUCUUUUUUACUUUCUUGGUGUUAUUUCAAAUAAACCUCUUCACUUGUUUUAUUCAUAUCUUAAACUUCUUUUCUACACAUUUGUUUUUAAAAUAUUAAAGGUGAGAAGUUCUGAAGAUUUUAAUGGUGAAUAUAAGCUCGUGUUAUGCGUUAGAACAGAUUUAUCAAUGGGUAAGGGUAAAAUAGCAGCUCAAUGUGGUCAUGCCUCGAUUGGAGCUUAUGCGGAUUCUGUUAAGAAUAACAAUCCAUAUGUAUAUAAAUGGUUCAAUGAUGGACAAAAAAAAGUAGUUUUAAAAAUCAAUGAUUAUGAUGAAAUGAGAGAGAUUAAAAAGCAAGCAAAAUUAAAAGGUGUAUAUACACAUGUGACAGUAGAUGCCGGAAGGACACAAAUUCCUUCAGGAUCAUGUACAGUUAUCGCAUUAGGACCUGGACCUGAACCUAUAUUGGAUAAAAUUACAGGUCAUCUCAAGCUGUUGUAA